AUACUUUCUAAAACCGAAACAGGAACAGCCGGUGCAGCUGGCUGGAUGUAGCUGUCUUACGACUAGAUUUGCGGCUUUCGAUUGUAGUUUUGUUGUGGAAUCAUCAUUACAAAAGCGCGCGGUAUUUCUAGUUUCUACCUGUCCGGUGUUCUGCAUUUCGAUUACGGGCUGUGUAUGGUACCACCCGGUACUAUUAGGACAUUUCUUGGCAUCCUCCUUAACGUGCCAAAGAAAGAAUGGACAUGGAAAGGCAUCCAGACUUUGUUGACGAACUCGAGUCCUUAGUAAGCAGCACUGCGGGAUUCCGUGACAUCGUUCACGAGCUGGAUGAUACUCGCGUAAUCUUAAGAAACGACGCCAAGGGCCUCGAUUACGUUGGUACAAAUGAUCUACUUGUCAUGCAAGCUGCUUUGCUCUCCUGUGCUAAUCGACAUGAUGAUGUGAGCCUUACAGAAGACAACUUUUCUAACCUCGGUUAUGCACAAAUAGUGAUGCAUUGUGCUGAAUCUGGAGAUGAAGAGUUUGGUCAGAAUUGCCUCCUCAGUAGCCAGGGAAGGAAGACAACGCUGACUCUGAUUGCACACAUCAAUGCUGUUUAUGCAUCAAAAGGAAUUCCAGUCAACUUUGCCAAAGUGCUUGCAAGUUGUUCUGUCUGCCCUUUGGAACUGCUCUGUCGUCUACAUGCUGAUGGUGUCAUGUGCAUUGAAGAUUACAUUGCACUUAAUGUCCAGAACCCUCAAGUUAUUGCAGACCUGAGCAGAAGCCUGUUUGCUGCUUGUCAACAUCUUGAUAAGAGUGAACCGUCUGCAUUCACAUUCUCAGUCUUUAUAUGUGCCCUCGUAUCCAGUGCUUAUUCAACAUCAGACCACAGUGAUUCAAGCUCUGUAAGAAAGGUUUGCUGGACCAUGUUGGAAACUCUCCUGCAGCGGCUUCUCAAAGCUAACGAAGAAGGACAACCCAUAACCUGUGGGGAUCUCCUGGGACCUGUGUUGCAAAGUCCACUUGUGCAGCAGACUGCUAUACUCUCUUAUGUUCAGGAGUUGUUGGCUUGCGUCUUGGCAUACAAUCCAGUAUACAAAGUUACUCAAGCGAUGUCAAGCCAUCACAACUGGACUUACAAAAAAUGUUCCCUGUGGCUCCUUGGAAUAUUCCAGAAGAGUAUGCAGGUGCUCAAUGUUGAGCAGGUGACCACUACGCUAUGCAAGGCCCUCAAUAGUAAAGAGGUGAACUGGUAUAUGUUGCUCACUGCCCUUUCUGUGUAUGUCACCACAUACCAAGAUUGCAAGCUUCUUAUUGGUCUCAUUGAAACAUUGCUGAAAGGUGCUUUUGAAUGCCUGGACACUGAGAAUCUAGUCAGUGCUUUUCUUUUGGCUAGACAUGCAUCACAAGAAGCUCCUCAGAUUUUUCCUCCAUACUCAUCCUGGUUUGAGAAAUACUUUGGAUUUUCUGAUACAACAUAUGCAAGCAGCUCAAGAACUUUUGCGUUCCUAGUGAAGUUUUUAAGUGAAAUGGUUCCAUUUGAACAACCUAAAUACCUAAAGGCUCAUCUCCAGAAGCCUGCUCAUGCAUCACCAAAGUGCCGUGUGAUUUAUCAUGACUAUGUGGCAUUGGCAAAGACACGCCUGCAGGACUUUGAGGUAGCUGAUGAAAAAAAUGCCCUCUCUGAUGAUGUGGAGCAAUUGGUCCAGGUUCAUGGCUUUGUUCAGAAAUGUAUAGAAGAUUUUGCUGCAAAAGGAAAAAUACCAAGGGCUGUCAUAGAGGCCAGCAUAUUCAAGAAGCCAUAUUUUACGGGGCAGUUUCUUCCAGUCCUCCUAAAUCCUAAGAAUUUUUUAGAGCAACGUGAAGUUGUGUGCAGUAUGGUCCAAGGACUGCUCCAGCAUGGCAAAAUUUCCCAGGAGCGUUAUGAUAGGUUUGUCAAUGACUGCAACAGCAAGGAAACUGAUGAUACAACAUGUGAUGUAGAAAUGAAUAGCGCAGUUCCUUUGCCUGAGCAUUUGCUUGCUCAGCUCAGAUCUGGAAGAAUGCAAAAUAAAGACUGUGAAGUUAUCAUCCUGAGAAUGAUUGAAGAAGUCAAAGGAAAUGAUCGAGAAGGUCAGGAUAAAGCAUUGAAUCUUGAAGAAGAGCUUCCUUACUCAAAGGAAGUGUUUGAGCUUCUCCAUCUUGCUAUGGAAGCCUGCAGUCAACAACCACCACAACCCUGGAUUCAUUGUCUCCUCCUGGCAAUGGGAAGUUCCCUGAGCACAGUCCACCUAUUGGCUGUGUUUCUGUGGAGGCAACUUACAGCCACCAAGGCCAUGGACAAGCAAAGAGCCGGAAUUUUCAGCCAGUUUCUGCUCUCAGUACCUGUGAUGUGGGAAGAUAAGCCUCUAAAAAUUUCUUUUGCUGGCACAACAUAUACAUCCAUGCAUGAGGCUGUGUUCUCGUGGCUCCCGCUUGCCACACUGCAAGAAAGGAGGCAGUUUCUACAGUUGUCAGCGGUCUAUCUUGCAGCUGCAGCCAAGCAAGCACCAUGUAAUACAGUUCCAUUGUGUGUGCCUGAGGUGUUACUAAAAAAGUUCGAGUUUGUUGUACAGCGGGAUGAGUGUACACUUGACGAGGUUGACUCUGACGUUUGGAAGCAGUGCAAUGAGUCAACUAUAAAAGACUGGCUUCGGCCUGCCAAGCUAUCUGUUCAGGAAUGGGUGAACUUUGAAUCUAAGAUCAGUGAUGGUGUCAGCGCUGCUAUUACAUCAAUUAUGAGACCAGAUUUACUUCAAUUUCUUGCUAAUGCUGAUAGUGCAAGGGAACUGUGUGCAGCCUUACUGCGAGUUCUGGUUUGUCACGGACCGAGACUGCCAAAUUAUGCCCACCUUCAUAUCCUAUUGCAGAGUCUGCUAUUGAAUCCAUCCAGCAGUUUUUCGGGCAAAGCAGUGCCAUUUGCAACUGAAGCAUUGAUACAACUAGAAACUGAUAUUGGUGGCUGUCCUGUGGAUGUGGUAGAGAGGGCGAUAAAUUUUUUUAGGAUUUAUUGUCAUCUUCCUCCGUACUGCCUUCUUGUGAACAGAACAGAUGAUUGCCCAUCAAGUGAAUCUGUUAAGCUGUUUAUUACAGUGAUAAACAGUAACCUGCGACAGAUUCUUUGCAAUCAGCAGGAUAUGCCUCUCUUGACUCUGCACUUAUUCAAGGGUUUACUUCAAAGCAACCUGCCUAAAGCUCAUGCAUCCACCAUUUUGGAACAGUGUCCUGUUCUUGUGGCUUGUCUUAUUUGUCACUGGAAGACUAUUUUCCCAGUACUUGCCCUUGAACCAGUGAAGUGCGAGGAACUCGGCAACCUGCUAACUGGUGUUGAGAAGCUGUUCGCUCUAGUUACAGAGUUUCUAGCUGGUUCUGAGGAAUCUGGAAGAAAGCUUUCAAAGAUUAGCAAGACCUGGCUCCCAGCAUUUGUGCUAGCCUGUUCCAUCAGCUCAGACCAAGUGAUGCCAUUGCAUUAUAAAUCUCUGAAGCCUACGGUACAGACCACGGUAUUACAGUUCCUCCUUUUAUUUUGUCAAAGGAAGGACAGUAAGUCUAAAGAAAGCUUGAAAAUGUGCAUGUCAAGAUUCCUACAAGAGAACCCUGGCCUGUGUGCUUCCCUGGAGCCUUCUAGUUUUGACAGUGCUUUGAUGAACAACUUGGUGUCUGCCUUGGACUUCUUUAUGCUCCUGGUUUUCUGCUUCAAUUUUGUAGUUCACCAUGUGGAGCAGCAGGAAGUGAAAAAGAGCUGUUGCAUCAAUACCGCUAUUUUGCUCAUGAUACAUAUUGAUAAAAUAGAUGGAGACGUACUGAGUGAUGGCAGUGCUUCUGCAGAAUUACAGGCCGAAGGCGUGUGCUCGCCAAUUUCAUCGUCUGCCAAACUGUGCUCGUUGAUAAAAAAUGUACCACCAGCAGUCCUCAAGUCAUUGCCCAAAACCACCCUGGCCAUGUGUCCAACAGUGUUUCUUCAGGCGAUUGAGCAUCUGUAACAGUGCCUACCCACCAUGCAGAUGUGAUAAUGUGGAUCCAAAGAAGGCCACCAAGAUCGAAGGAAUGCAGGACCUAGGGCAAGCGCAACUGACCAAUUCCCACUCUUAGACAUACGGAGAAAAGCGUGUUGCUUAUAAUAGUCGUGUUUUCACGCAGUGAUUAAGAGAUCGCUGGUUUGUAAUUCAGCUACAGUAAAUUCAGCUACAGAAAUUCAGCUAGUCCUUCACAUACUCAAUAAACAUUCAUCACAUGUUUU